UUACCGGGGAUCUUGUGGGUGUCAUCUCAUAAAUUUAGGGGGAGCGAUGAGCGGUCCGGAUGACACUUUCAUGGGAAUUGAUGCGCCAUAUCUGAUCUAUAAUCGAAUCGAAAGAACUAUAAUCGAUUCUGAUUUUUGGCCACUAGCGCCGGCAAAUCUCGCAUUCGCUUCUUCGAGGAUUUUAGUGUGCCGGCUGCAGUUUUUUUGGUGUAAUCGCGAGUGAAAGAGAGUGUUUGUGCAAGUCGAAACUUUAGAAAAUGACGCGAAAAAGAAAAAAUAAUCUGAGUGAAAAAGGACGACUACUUUUAUCGAUGAAGAGACGAAAACGGGGGCCUAAACGGUGCCGGAAUGUGGUCCGGAAUAUUGAUAGACCGGAAUCGAGCCAGCCGAUCAAUGUGGCCAACGCUAGAGGAGAUGUCGGCAGAAGCAUCGCUGACGAUGCCAACGAGGAAGUACGUGAAGAGGUAAGUAUGAACAUUCUUCAGCAUGAUUUACAUUCACAGAGCAACAUACAGCGGAAUUCCCGUACAUUAUCGGUUGCUCAUGCUGCUGACAUCCUUGCUACAUCGCAGCAAAGCUCGUCAGGAUUUGAUGGUCCUGGAUUUGCUCACGUCAAUGAGAACACCGCAAACUGCAAUGUUCGAAGUGAGCUUUUAUCAGAAUUAGAAGAUGAUGAUCGUCUCGAUGUUAAUCGAUGUGCAGUUGCCGGAAUCAGCGCGAUUGGUCAAGGGCAUGCGGCAUUGCAAGAAUUUACAGCUAAUGUCGGCAUCCCUUGUCCAACCUUCAAAAUUUUCAAGGAAAUUAGCGCCGAACUUGAUGACAUUUAUGUGAAAAUAUCUGAGGAACAAAUUAUACAGAAUGGCAAAGAGGAGCUCAGAAUCGCUCAUGAUACGGGUUCAUUUAUUGACGGAAUUCCAGCAUGUUCAGUAAUUGUUGAUGGAUCCUGGCCGGUAAGGAGCUACAACAGCGGUGGUCGAGCAGAAUCUGGAAUGGCAGUGAUCAUUGGUGCUGCUACAAAAAAAAUUCUAUUUGUUGGUUACCGCAAUCGAUAUUGCCUUGUUUGUACUCGCGCCAACAACAGGCAAUGUCCCAUUCCAAACCACAGAUGCUUCGUCAAUUAUCCAGGAGAUAAGAGCAUUCUUUCCGUGGAAAGCGAUGUCAUUGUACAAGGAUUCACGCAGAGCCUAGAACAGCAUGGUUUGAUUUAUCACAAGCUCAUUGGAGAUGGGGACAGCAGCGUCAUCAAGAAAGUGAGAGAUGCCGACCCAUAUCCAGGACUAUGUAUGGUAUCUAAAGGAGAAUGUCGCUGUCAUCUACAACGAUGUCGAGUCCGAGAAAUCCGUGAAGUGAUAGCGAAAUUCAAGACCGGACGCUCGGAGGAAGCGAAAAGAUUGAAGACCUUCAUUUUUGGAAAAAUUCAAACGAUUUGCACAGCAGUAACAUGUGCUGCUAACUUUCGAAGAGGACAGGAAGGGAUGUCUGAUGCGGUGAAAAUAUCGCUUCUCAAACAAGAUAUGAAAAAUGUGCUCAAUCAUGUCUUCGGCUCUCACGGAGAGUGUGCCGAUUAUUUCUGCGAUGGAAAUAGGAAAGAAAAUGAGGUCAAUUUGAUUUCGGUCUUACGACAGAAUGGUUUGUAUGAUCAGUUACAAGCCAUCAUGGAUACCUGGACUCUCACAGCUGAGCAUGUAUUAGCAGCUGAAACGGCCAACCUGGCGGAAUGUUUUAAUUCAGUUUUGGCGAAGUUUAUUUAUCAUAAAGGUGUUAAUGUUCAAUUGAGAGGCAUGUAUCCGGCGCGUAUUGCAAUGGCUGCUAUUCAGUUCAACAAUCAGGAUCUCGGAAGUUGUCUUCAUGAGGGAAUGAAUAAGAUCCCACCACAGGAGCUGAGCAAAAUGGAGUCGCAGAAGCAGAGAAAGAAUUAUUACAACACCAGAUACGUCAAGAAGAAGAAGAUGCCUCCAUUACCUUCUGAUGACUCCGACGCCAUCAGACAGGCCACAGAUUAUGGUCGUCAUUGUGAAAGGCCAGACAUGGAUCCCCAUGUGUAUGCGGAGGCAUUGGAAAUUCACAAAGCCGUGCUCUGCGAUUGGCAGAAUGACCGUGAAAACAUAGAACGAAAAUCGCGAUCGCUUGAUCCAUUCGAGAAUAUGUAUGUGAAGAAGAUUCUUUUCAGCCACAAUUUUGGACGUAUAUGUCGUAUGAGGAAAGAAACGCCAACGGCAGUCGCAGUAAAAGAGAUCCUCUACCCAUCAUCAAAAAGAACUCAAUCCUAUACCCUCUGCGUAAAGAGAGACAUGAAAAAAUAUCGAUCUAUUCAAGACUGUGGUGUAAUAAUCGACAAAACUCAUCCGUUCUUGGCCGCCAAACCAGAUGGCAAUUUCGAUGAUGGGAUUGUUAUCAUCUAUUGUCCCUAUAGUGUUCGUAAUUUGUCAAUGGAAGAGGCUAUGAGCAAAUUGAAACUUUGUGAUGAGCAUCGUCAGCUAAAGAAGAACAAUCCCUUAUAUUAUGAAGUUAUAGGCAGCCUUGCAAUCAGCCAAAAGAAACAUUGUCAGCUGUAUAUAUGUACUGCUCAAAACCACAUUGUAAUCCCCAUAAUUCAUGAUGAAGCUUUCUGGAGGGAUCAAAUGGUUAAAAAACUCUGCGAAUUUUAUGAAAUGUGGAUGAUUCCGGAAAUUGUUGACAGUAGAUAUCGUAGGAGUAUGAAUUUACGGGAUAAAAGUCGUUGUCAUGUACCAUGCCGUCAAGCAAACUCCGAGAGAAAUGGAGAUCGCAUUGCAUCUGAUGAUGAAAUUCCUGAAGUUUCAAAUGGUGGUCCACCAAACGAUUCAUUGGCCAUUCAUCAUGAAGACGUCCACGACGCAGCAGUAGAGGAAUUCCAAGCUACAGAACUUUCCAAUGAAGACUUCGCCGUACUGAUGGAUCAUACCCACGGUCAAUUAGAGGCAACUCAUAUAGAUGUUUUUGGGACAAUCGUGUCUCGAGUGACGCAAAAUCUUUACCAAUAUCGAUCACCAUCAUUGAGAGAUUCGUUGCUGAGAAUAGAACCCAUCGAACCGUUCCGCAAGCAUAUUCAAAUUCUAAAUCGUGGUGGUGCGCAUUGGGUUUGUGCUUACUACGACACAAGACACGUUUACAUCUAUGACUCAUUGCGUGAUCGAACCCAGCCACCGUGUGCAAAUCCAUAUUUGCCGUACUUACAACGACUUUUCCCUUAUCAUUCAUUUGAUGAUAAUCCGGUUAUCUUCCGUGAAGUACAGCAACAAACAAAUUGUGUAGAUUGUGGUGUUUUUGCAAUUGCAUUUGCAAUAACUUUGAUGUAUGGCUUAGAUCCGGAAAAUAUCGUGUAUGAAGUCGAGGUGAUGCGAGAUCAUUUGCUUGAUAUAUACAUCAAUGGCGAAAUCCUACAUUUUCCAAUCUCCGCGCAAUGUGAUAUCAUAAUACCAGAGCUCCGCCAGUGUUGUAAUGCAGAGCUAGAUGCACUGAUCUCACGUCUUAGUGACACCAUCUAA